AUGUUGCUGACGCUGCUCCUGGGGGCUGCCAUAAGCAGACAUCUAAGUACUGAGACACAGAAGUCCGUGAGCCUUCUCAGGCCCCCUUUCUCCCUACAUCCCCCAGACUUCCGCUCGUCCUCCCUCACCCUCCCUGGCUCCCGUGAUCCUCAACCCCUCCGAAUGCAAACCUGACAUAUCAGAGAUCCUGUAUCAGAGGGAGCUUGGGAUCCUGAGGCAGGCGGCGUGAGGGGAGAUCCUGAGCUGGCGCACCGAGUGGCUGCUCAGUGGCUCCAGGUUGUCCUAGCUGUCCUGACAAUGCAAGGACCCCUGCUUCUGGUGACACCUGCAUAGCACUGCCAUGACCCAGACGCUCCAAACUAACCACAGGUGAGUUCAUGUCACUGAGAUAACCAAGGAGAGAGUUGCUUGGGGACAAAGGUGCCUGAUGCCCAUUUCCAUGGUUAUGCCUUGUCAGAGUGGGGACCCCCACAACUGAUCCAGUCGGAUGGGCCUAGGAUCCAAAACACUGAGUUUCUUCUGUACAUGCAGGUUACCCACACUCCCAAGUGCCAUCCACUGCCCUCUGUCAUUGCCUACCCUGCCUGCUGCCAGCUGGACUUGGAAGGCAGGCCUCUUGCUGGCUACUGUGCCCAGCAUCUCACCAGCCCCGGCCUCUGCCAUAGUGACAUCGUCAUGGCCACACUCCGUGAAUGGCUCCAAGCCCUGGGUUUCUCUGGGCAGCUCUUCAAGGAGUGGAGGGAUUGUCCCUCAGGAACCAGUGGUAAAAGGGAGAACUGUUCUAUGAGGCAACAAGUGACAUGGCAAGAUGAGUGGGGACAGCUGCUUCUCACCACCCCAGCUGUUAGCCAUAGCCUGGCCAAACACUUGGGAGUGCCCGGCACUCCCUUGGAAGAAGAGCAGGGCCCUUUGUCUUCAUACUGGGAGACCUGGCUUCUCCAGGGUUCCAUAAUGCCUGCUACCUUCAGUGGUGCCCAGUGCACAGGGCUUGACCCAAUCACUCUUGCUGCCCUCACAGACUCAGGCUGGUACCUAGUCAACCACAGCGCUGCAGAGGAGCUGUUGUGGGGCCGGGGUUUGGGGCCUUCAUUUGGUCUGGCCUGGAAUUUGACCACCUGUGGGACUGGCACCUCAGACAUCCUCUGUACUGGCAGCGGACCGGGCUGCCACUACUGGCACCAGGACAAGGGACACUGCUCCUCAGACCCCAUGCCGGAAGGCUGCUGUGUGUACAAGCCCUUGGCCAGUGGGAGUGAAUGCUGGAAGGAAAAUGGAAUCCCACGUGGGGCGGAGAAUCCCCAUGGGGAAAUCUACCAUUUCCAGAGUCGGUGCUUCCUUGCCAACCUCACUUCACAGCUGCUCCCUGAGGACAAGACCAGGCAUCCCUCUCGGAUCCCACAUCUCAAGGAAGCAGAGCUCACUGGCGGCUGCUACUUACAUCAAUGCACAGAGAGGGGAGCACACAAGGGGCAGGUGGAGGGAUCGCCCUGGGUCCCAUGCCUUCCAGGAAAGGCUAUUCAGAUACCUGGGUACCAUGGUCUUCUCCAGGGUCGGCUGCGUCAGACUAAUAAAGGUGCUGAUGCUAUGACUUACUCACCUGUGAGUCUUUCAACCCAAGACCUGUUAUUCCAGCUGUCUUUAGGAUUGGCUGGGCCCCCAGGCCAUCUGGGGAAGGCAGAGCGAGAACUGACUGCAGCAGCACUACAGGCGCUGGUGAGCAGAGGAAGCCCUGGCAGGUAAGGAUUUUGCUCUUUCCACAGCCCUUUGAUUGUCACUAGUCUGGUGUUCCUGUGGGUGUGUGUCUUUGGCUGCCAAGGGCACUCAGCUGGUAUGCUGCACAGGGCCCUGACCCCAACUCUCCAGAAGAAAAGUCUAGAACUGUAUUAUAGAGGAGUCACCUUUACCACCAAAUACAGCAGGCCAAAUACUCUAUGACCUGGGUUUUUGGUUACCUUGAACCAUAAUCCCUCCAUGGCCCAUCUAAGUCUGCUGCUGGGGCUCUGCCGUAUGUUGUUUAUCCUGAUGGGUGCCCUAGGAACUGUGGCCUAUCAGAAACAAGCUACUCUUCAGGUGGGACCAUCUGGCUCUUACCUACCAGAGCUCCAAAGCACAAGAAGGGGCCCACCUGAAGGAAUAAAAGAGGUGUGA